AUGUUCCUACUACCAUUCAACGAAUAUCUGUCUGUUUAUACCAAAUCUGCUCGUAAACAGAAAGUCCAUACUGAUUUAGUCAGCGUCACAAACAAUGUCGAUGUUACGACCACGGACUUGAGCGUUUGCCGAUCAAUCCCUGCAUCCGAUUUCCCCGGCCUAGUCGAUGGUUUCCGUGCUGUUGUUGAAGCGUUAAAGGAGGUUUGUCAGGACUUUGUCUCCAAGAAAGCAGUAUUCGGGGCCUUCCCGAAUGCCGUCACGCAACUGAAGGAAGAUCUGAGGGAUCUGGCCGCUUCCCUCGUGGCUCUUGAGCAAGCGAUCGUAGGGCUGGCACCGGACAAUUUGAAGUCACAAGUCCAAGAUCUUUCCGACGAAGCCAACGCUGCGAUCGCUGCAGCACAGGCGGCAUUCUAA